GGCUGUGACUCAGUGCCUCCGGCACGGUGGCGGAUCUUCUGGUACCUGGAUCAGACCGCACCCUACGGGACGGGGCACCGGCCGCUGUGGUUCCCGUUCACGAGGGAGUACUGGGCAGAGUCCUGUAACUGCUUCGAGAGGGGGAAGGAGUCCAUGACGACUUCCGCGAACGAGCAGGACGGGGAGGCCUUCGAGGAGCCGACCGCCGCACAGCUGGAACUGACCCAAGAGAACAAGACCCUGGAGGUCGCGGGCCUCAGGAAGACCUUCACGGCGCAGGGCCGCACAAUCGCGGCAGUCGAUGGUGUGAGUCUCAGCAUGUACCCCGGAGAAAUCUAUGUGCUACUGGGUCACAACGGGGCGGGCAAGACCACGUCCAUCAGCUGCCUCACAGGGCUAAUCAGGCCCACUGCUGGGAAUGCGACACUCUUCGGCAAUCCCCUGUGGGCGUUCCUCCAAACCACUGAGGGCCGGAAGCAGGUGGGAAUCUGCCCGCAGCACAACGUUCUCUGGACAGAGCUCACAUGCAUGGAGCACGCAACGCUGUUCGGCGCCUUUCGCGGACUGAGCCACGCCAUUGCGCAGUCCAGCAGCGUGGACAUCCUGGCGCAGUGCGGACUCUCUGCUAAGGGUGGUGCGCAGGCGAAGGCCCUCAGCGGGGGCAUGAAGCGGAAACUCUGCCUAGCCCUCGCGCUCGUGGGCGAGCCGAGGAUAUGCUUCCUCGACGAGCCUACCUCUGGCAUGGACCCCACCGCGCGCAGGGACACGUGGGACCUCCUGCGGCGGCAGAAGGAGGGCAGGAUCAUGGUGCUCACAACGCAUUACAUGGACGAGGCGGACAUACUAGGAGACCGCAUCGGCAUCAUGGCCAAGGGACAAAUGCAGUGCCUGGGCUCGCCGGUAUUCUUGAAGAAACACUACGGCUGUGGCUACAAUAUAAAUUUCGAGCUCGAAGACGGGAACACCAAGAGGCAGACUCGUGAGCUGGUCGCGAACGAGUUGGCCGGGUACAGCGAGGUGAGGGCCAUGUCUGAGGCGGGCUCGGAGUUAGUGCUGCUCGUGGACUUCUCUGCCUCUAAGGCUUUCCCAAAGUUGUUCGCGAAGCUCGACGACGAGGGCACGAAAAAGACGCUGGGCCUCCGUGGCUGGAGUAUCGCUGUCUGCCACCUAGAGGAGGUCUUCAUCCGUGUGGCCGCUGGUCAGAAGACCGCCGCCGCGUCCACGUCAAAAUCUUCAGAAAACCUUUUAGCCGCAUCAGGAGAGGCGGAUGGGGAUGUCGACGAGGAGCUCCGGCCCAAUGUAUACCGGCAGGUCGGGGUCAUGCUCGCGAAGCGAGCCCGCUACACCGUCCGGGACCCUUUGCUCCUCUUCUGCCAGCUUCUGUGCCCAUGUAUCGCCUUCGCCGUGAUAUUGGGGAUCAUGCAGGGUUUUGUCACCGACGAGGCCAAGUUGGACCUUUCCCUGGACCUGUACAAUGACCCCGCCGUUGAUGCUGGCCACCCGCGGACGGUGAUCCCUUGGGCAGCUGUGGAGUCGAAUGUCGACAUGACGGCGGUCGGCCAGUCGACCGUUAGCAUGGGCCUUGCGGACCAAGCUCCAGGUCUUUCCUUCGAGCCUGGUGCGACCUGCACCCCGGAUCAUGAUCCCAGCGAUGUCCUUUGGGAUCAGCAGUGCAGCGACGAGACGUGCUGGGCCACGGCGUGCCAGGCUGAAGACGGUACGCUCAAUCGAAGCUUGGCCAGCUAUGCUCGGGCUUUCGGCUGUGGACUCUUGGGCACCGCUGGGGACGAUGCGGCGUCGCGGUAUGCUGCAGUUUUGCCAGUGUCGGUGAAUGCUUCGGGCGCCUCGAGCAUCGUGUUGGGGGUGAACCUGUCCGCUAUCCACAUCGCUCCGAUCGGGUUGAACCUGGGCUCGAAUCUCCUGCGGCGGGAGGCAGGGGUGCCAGGCCAUGUCAAGGUCGCCAGCCACCCGUUUCCGCAGACCGACCGGCAGCGCUCCGAUUUCUUCGGUGGGGAUGGCCUUCUCUUAUCGCUUGCUCUGAUCCUCCCAGCAUUUAUCUUUCCGUUCCCCACAGCCUUUGCCGCCGCCUACGUGAUCCGAGAAAAAGAAACAGGCGUCAAAGCGCAGCACCUGAUGAGCGGCGUGGGUGUUGCCUCCUAUUGGAUCACAAACAUUUUAGCAGACGUUCUCAUAUCCGGGGCGACGGCGGAUUCUGUGCGGCCCUCGCCUUUGUGCUGA